AUGGUCGCGACGCUGCCUGACCUUGUCGUGCCUGGAUUCGGUGCUGUGGGGGAAGUCCUCGUGAAGAUCAAGGAGAUCUGUGUUAAAAUACACGACAGCAAGAAUGCCUGCAAGCGCAUCAGUAUGCAGCUGCACGACAUAUUCGACGAGAUCAUGAAACUGCAGAGCCGACAGCGGAUUCCGUCUACAUGUAGCAAAGCCAUCACGAAGUACGUGGGCGUUUUGAUGGACUUCACCGAGUUUUUGGAGCGCCACCAAGACAAGAAAGGGCUGGAAAAACUCAAAGAGCGAUGCAAGCUGCCCAGCAAGCUCGAGAGGAUCCAGAGCGAUGUGGAGAUGCUGUUUCGGAUGCUUAACUUGGGGACCGCGGACAUGGUGGCCAGCUUGAAACUCCGAUUCGAGGACGAACAGCGCGAGCAAAGACGGGAACUGGCAAAACUGUCGGCCGACACUUCGAUCAUUCGAAAGGAGAUACUAGGGUACCGCGAAACGAUGCACAAGAUUCUUUCCUUGUUGUAUUCGUACCAG